GACUCCAGCAGCCAAUAGCAGCGGGGCAGGAAGUGACGCUCAGCUGGUGAACAGCUUUUUGGGGCAAAGCUUCAGUAAAGUUUCCUCAGAUGUGCAGAACCUGCCGCCUUCUUCAUGACUGCGCAGGUGAGUGUGUUGUACUUCGCUAAGAGCGUGGAGCUGACCGGCCUGAAGGAGGAGGACAUCGCCGCCGUGCCGACGCCAAUCAGCGGCCUCGACCUGUGGAGGCUGUUGCUACAGCGACACCCCAGACUCUCUCUCCUGCAGGGUCAGGUGGUGCUGGCCGUGCGUCAGCAGUACGUUGCCAUCGGCAACCAGGUGGUGACCCUGAGAGACGGGGACGAGGUGGCCGUGGUGCCGCCGCUCAGCGGGGGGUAACCGGCUGUCAGACGAACCGCCUGCUGAUUCAUUCUGAGGCUGCGGACAACCAAUCAGAGCGCUGCUGAGCUCACCUGGACACUCUCAUGUUCUCAGAUGGCCGAGUCGGCGGAGCGGAGAGACGUCUUCAAGCUGAGCCGUGAUGGGCUGUCUGUA